AUGAACAUCAUCUGGGCAAUAGCUCUGCUGUCUGUGAUCCACUCUGCCUACUCCCUCAAGAAGAAGCAUGUGGGAGAAUAUGAUUGCCCAGUAGAUGUUUACAUUGUCCUGGACACCUCUGAGAGUGUGGCCCUCAGAGCCAAACCGUAUGGCUCUCUUGUCGACCAGAUCAAAAGUUUUGCACUGGACUUCGUGGACCAGCUCAACAACAGGUACUACCGUUGUGACCGUAACCUGACAUGGAAUGUAGGAGUCCUUCACUACAGUGAUGAGGUGAAGAUCAUGAGUGAGCUCCUCAGCUUGAAAGAGGCCUCAGGAAAAACCCAGCUGAGAAAAGCUAUCCAAGACAUCCACUACAUCGGGAAGGGGACCCACACCGACUGUGCCAUCUCCGUGGCAACAGGCCAGCUGAUGAUGGGAACCUCCCCAUUCCAUGGAAACAAAUACAUGGUGGUUGUGACGGACGGCCACCCAUUUGAUGGCUACAAGGAGCCAUGUGGUGGUAUCAGCUACGCUGUGUCCGAAGCCCGAGGAAUGGACAUCAAAAUUUUCGCCAUCGCCAUCACGCCCGAUCAUCUGGACAACAGACUGGGUGCCAUUGCGUCGGAUGUCCGCUACAGCUAUAACCUUUCAGCAACCAGUGAGAACCUAGCAGUGGUCAGAAACACCAUCCAAACCAUCCUGUCCACCAUUUACAAGGAUUCAGAGGAUUUGUGCUGCUCAUACGAAUGCAAGGCUCUCAGAGGACCUCCAGGGUCACCUGGCGAGAAAGGGGAAACGGGAACACGAGGAAGACAAGGGGUUGCUGGGAAACCUGGCAACUUGGGACCAAAGGGUGUUGCCGGCGACCAAGGACCCCCAGGUCACAGAGGAGAAAAGGGUGACCGGGGUUCCACUGGAGAUAAGGGUCCCAGAGGCCCCUCCGGACAAAAGGGCGAAAAAGGACACGAUGGGGUGGAUGGAAAAGAUGGUCCAAUGGGGGAGCCUGGAUCUGUUGGCCUUCCAGGGUGUAAAGGAGAUGAUGGGCCAGAGGGGGAACCAGGUCCUCCUGGACAGAAAGGGGACCCAGGCUCAUUUGGAGCAUUAGGACAAAAGGGUGAAAGGGGACCACCUGGGGUAGAAGGGGCAUCUGGGGUAUCAGGUGCAGCUGGAGCUAAGGGAGACACUGGGCCGGUAGGAGCAAAGGGUAACAAGGGGGAUCGAGGCGAUGAUGGGGACUUUGGCAGGACUGGGGCUUCUGGUGCAACAGGCGAGAAAGGGGAAAAGGGAAUGAGGGGACCCCCCGGAGUCAGAGGGGUCCAGGGGGACAAGGGUGACCCAGGGCCUGUUGGUGCUCAAGGACAUGAGGGUCCAUCUGGAGCUAUUGGAUCAGCAGGUCUCAGUGGUGUUCCUGGUCUGAAGGGUUACAAAGGGGAGCCAGGCCCACUAGGAGCUGCAGGGGUGAAGGGUGCCAGGGGCCAGCCGGGUCCUCCUGGAGAAGCAGGCCCUGUGGGUGAGAGGGGAGAUGACGGAGUGCAAGGGCAAGGACAACCUGGAUACCCUGGAUUCCAGGGUUUUCCUGGUGUGAGAGGUCCUGCAGGAAUUAAGGGUGUCAGGGGUUUCCCUGGACUGAAGGGAGACGUGGGGCUGCCCGGUGACAGAGGCGAUGACAAUGAUCUGCCUGGCAAAGAGGGAACCAGAGGACUCAAGGGAUACCCUGGACUACCAGGGGAAAAUGGUUCACCAGGACUAGCAGGACACCCAGGAGUGGACGAAUGUGAAAUACUAGAAGUCAUACAGAAGCUCUGCUCAUGCUGUGAGUGUGAGUGUGGGCCUGUGAAGCUGCUGUUUGUGCUGGACAGCUCAGAGAGCGUGGGUCUGCAGAGUUUCACCCUGAAGAAGGAGUUCAUCAUUCGCAUUAUCAAUAAGAUCACCAAGUUCAGCAAGAACAAGAAUGAACCCGGUUCUCGAGUGGGUGUGGUGCAGUACAGCCACGAAGGAACACAGGAACUGGUGUCUAUGGAUGACCCCAAAAUCACGACACUGUCGCAGCUUAAAAGGGCAGUGAAGAACAUGCGCUGGAUUGCAGGUGGUACAUUCACAGGGGAAGCACUGGACUUUGCCCGCCGAGCUUUUGGCAGCUCCCAGCUCUCCAGCAAGGUGGCCAUUGUGCUAACCGAUGGCAGGUCGGACACUCGGGACUCCAAGCCCCUGUCCUCUCUCUGCAACGUACCCAACAUCAGGGUCGUGGGUAUUGGCAUUGGAGAUAUCUUCCGCAGAGCCCCUUACACCACCAUGCUACAGGAGAUAGUUUGCAUGGGAAUGUCCCAGCCUGGGCUCUACCUGAAGAUCACUGACCACUCUCAGCUCCUAGAGGAAUCCUUCUUUAACAACGUAACCGGCUACAUAUGCCAAGAUAAGAAGUGUCCUGAUUAUUCCUGUCAUGCUACAUUUGCGGAGCCCACAGAUAUCGUCUUUAUGCUGGACGGGUCCUCCAGUGUGGGCAAGGCAAACUUCAUUAAGACCAGAGACUUCGUGGAAAAUGUGGCAGCCAGGCUGCUCUCCCACAGCCAGGCCAGGGUGCCUCGUGUUUCUGUGUUGCAGUACAGUGACUCCAGACAGCAGCAGGUGGAGCUUUCCUUCACCAGCAGGGCAAGCGACUUGCAGGCUCGUCUCCAGGGCGUUAGCUACAUGGAUGGGGCCACCGACCUGCCGGCGGCCCUGGACUUCCUGGCCAGCGGCGUUCAGUGGGAUGGACGUGCUGGUGUCCGCAGGAGGGUGGUCGUUUUCACAGAUGGGCGUUCCAAAGCUGCCUCCCGGGGCCAGAUCCCCCGGGCAGCGGCUGCAGCGCUGGGGCAGAAAAUGGCGCUGCUAGCGUUCACUGUGGGUGACAGUUUCGAUGAGACGGGGGUGUGCCAGCUGGUGACUGGGCAAGCCAGCAACUUCAACUACACCGUGGUGGACAGACUUGUCCACAGGGUGGCACACUACGAUGAUCUGGCCAGAACAGUGGUUAUGCAGAGCCUCACCAGAAAGCUGUCAAAGGUCUGAGGC